AUGUUCAUUAUUAUAAAAAUUACUAAUAUUUAUUUUCUUUUAUUUAUUUUAAUUAAUUUUUUUAUUAAUAAAAUUAAUUUAUCAAAUGGAGAUAUUUCUCCAUAUUUUAAUUAUUGUAUAUUUAAAUGUAAAGAUUUAUUUAAUUGUCCAGAAUUUAAAUAUUCUCAAUUUACUUGGUGGGCUAAUGAAAAAUGUUUUAAAUGUAGACAAAAAUGUAUUUGGAAUACUGUUGAACAUUUUAGAAUUUCAAAAAAACAAAUUCCAAAAUUUAAUGGGAAAUGGCCUUUUACUCCAAUUAAAAUUAAAAUUGGAAAUAUUUAUUUAGCCAAUAUACAAGAACCUGCUUCCACUUUCUUUUCACUUUUAAAUGCUUUUUCCUUUUGGAAAAUGAAACAAAAAAUUAAAAGGAAAAUAAAAAAUAAUUGGAAACAUUUAAAUAAAUGGGUGGGAUUUGGAAAUAUUGGAAUAAUUACUUGGUGGUUAUUUUGUUUGGAAUUAAAUAAAAUUUAA